ACUAAAGGCGCACGUUGAAAAUAGCGACGGGAUAUUUUUACCGUGACACAAAACGUCAUUGAUUUGGAGCAGUUGUAUUAUAUCGACUAGCCGAGCUUGGUCAGUAGCAAUGGAAGGGGCAGGGCCACCGGGCGUUGACCUCAGCAGGAAGUUUGUGUCGGAAGCUGAGCUUGAUGAGAUGAGGAAGAAGAGACAGGAGGAAUGGGAGAAAGUGAGGAAACCUGACGACCCAGAGGAUGCGCCGGAGGAGGUGUAUGACCCACGUUCCCUCUUUGAGCGAUUGCAAGAGCAGAAAGACAAGAAACAAGAGGAGUAUGAGGAGCAAUUCAAAUUCAGGAACAUGGUAAGGGGAUUGGACGAGGAUGAGAGCAGCUUCCUGGACGAGGUCUCCAGGCAACAGUGCCUGGUGGAGAAACAACGCAGGGAUGAGGAGAAACAGGAACUGUUGGAAUACAGAAGCGCUCUAGUGAAGCAAGUGUCCACGGAAAGCCGCAAAGAGCCGGAAAAGAAGGUGGCUGCUAAACAACCGGGGGCGGAGCAAAGGACCAGCCACCUGUCUCAGGCCCAUCUAUUGGCUGGAGCAGUCAAGAGACGCAGUUCCUCCCAGUCAUCAGACAGCAGUAAGAAGCAGAGGUUAACAACAACAGCAACGACAGGAAACGGAGACAGACACACAGAACAGGAGCAUGGAGCAGGAGGAGAAGCAGUGGGAGCUGAAGAUCAACAAACGGUCCCCGGCCUUACGGCCAAGGCCCCCUCGGCUGCCCUGGGCUCCGGUCAAGGCGUGUUACAUCUGCCGUCAGCGGCCGUGUGCGUCGGCGUUUUACCAGGACUCUGGGUUUAUUCCGGCAGCAGCGACUCUGACAGCAGUUCGGACAGCGAAGUUUAAGCCGAGCAACCAAUCCCGCACUGCCUACCCCGAUGACAUCCUUCCCCCCCCCCCUACACCCAACCCUACUCCCACCCAAGGCACAGUGACUGCAAGCUGUGCUGUUGGCUGAGGGAACAGUGGUUGACAGCUGUGGAGCAAGGAAGAGACUGCUUUAGACUGUGUGAAAUGAUUUGCACCUUUUAGCUAGCAGCAGCAGAGGACAGAGAGCCGGGGCAGGACACACUUCGCUCUCCGUUUAGUUUAAAUGCAAAGCGUGAGUUGGUUUAAAAAAUGUUUUUAUCAGUGUGAUGUAAUGUGUUUUGUCAUCAGUUUGUUUUAAGGUUUUGGUCAAAGUCUGAGCAGAGAGAAAUAAAGAGCCUCCCUUGUACUGUGUGUGUGUGUGUGGGGAACUUUUUUGUUAACAUCGGGGACUUUUUAUGGAUUUGAAAUAUGAUUUUGCAUUAAAUCAGCCUGUUUUUGUCUCCCUUCCUUAGGUCAAAGGUUCUCUUGUGUUAAUGUCUGUAUUUCACCACCCAUCACAUGUAUGGUGUGUGGAUAUAGAUUAUGAAUAAAAGGUAAACAUAUCCAGUAUUUCACAAGACAAAUGCUAAACUUGUAAAAUUGUCAGAAAUCCUUAUCCCUAUCCUUCAGAUUUAAAAUAUUGUAAUAAAUAAAUAAUAAUACUUGGUAUAA